CUCAUAAACUCUUCUCUACCCUUCUUUUAGAUGAUUACCAUUUUGGCUAAAACUUGCUCAAAAGCUUGAUUAAAUGUGAGAUAAUAUCACGUCAUCAAAGAACAGUAUAAAACAGUAUAAAAGAAGUUGGAUUUGACGAGUUUCACGAAUUCAAUAAUUGUUUGAUUUAAUUUUUAUAUAAUCUUAUUUAAUUAUCUCUAAAUAUGUAUCAUAGAAAAUGAUAAUUAUUGAAUUGAAUGAUAAUGUAGGGUACUAAAAUAGAAUCUUGAAAUAGUAUUAAGUAGAGGCAAAUAUAAGGUUUACGUUUUGCCAAACUUAGGCCAUCAUUAGUAUUAUUCCCUAAUGUAAUGCAUUGGGUUGUCUCUAGCUAGAUUAUUCUAUAAGGAACAUUUGGUUAUGCAUAUUUGGAGUCACCAUCACCACAAAUUCUUUAUCAUUAUAUAUGGUUGACCAUUGACCAGAUAAGAUAUUUAGCAAAUUUGAUAUAUAGACCAUAUUAUUAUUUGCAUAGAGAAUUUAAUUAAACAUUUAUUCACCAACAAAACCAUAUGACCAAUUUACCAAUUAUUAAAAAAAGAAAGAAGGUGGAGGGUAUUGAGUUGUACAUUGCUGUAGGAGAUUAGAAGCCACUAAAAAUCGGUGCCUCUUUUCUCGUGUACCUUAAUUCUCGGACAAUUAGCCAAUAGCCACUCCUCGUGGUUAAAAAUUCCUUUUUGACAAACUUUGCUCUUCUUCCCCCUCUUCUCUUUUUUUUUUUUCUUACCACACACAGGUUGAAUAAUUUGAAUUUUAAGUUAUGGGUUCGGGGAAUUUUCUUCAAGUCGUCGCCAAUAACUUCGAUGUUCUUGCUUUGCCUGUGGUUUCUCUGGUGUAUCCUCUUUAUGCUUCCAUCAAAGCUAUAGAGACGAAGUCAAUAGUGGACGACCAGCAAUGGCUUACUUACUGGGUUUUGUACUCUCUCAUGACUCUUUUUGAGCUCACCUUUGCCAAAAUACUUGAAGUGGUUGCGGUUUGGCCAUAUGUGAAACUAAUAAUAAUGAGUUGGUUAGUUCUACCACACUUCAAUGGGGCAUCGCAUGUUUACAAAAACUUCAUUAGGCCACAUUAUAUGAACCCUCAAACCUCUACACUAUGGUACAUUCCUCGUAAGACCAAACUUAUUUUCAGUACCCAAGAUGAUGUUUUAACAGCUGCAGAGAAGUACAUGGAAGAGCAUGGGACUGAGGCUUUCGAAAGGCUUAUGUAUAAGGCUGAAAGAGAGAGAUCGAGAAGGAACAACAAUUGCAUGAUUUUCGAUGAUGAUUAUGCCUAUUGAAAUCUCGAAUCUAUAUUUAUAUAUGUAAUUUAUUACUAAAAUAAUUGCAUCUAAUUUUGGUUAUAGUGUAUUAAGUGAGUCCAUUCAACAAGACGUGUUAAAGUCUAGUCACUUUUUUGUAUGGGAAUAUGUACUCUAACCAUUGUUGGCUAUGCAUAAGAUUGGAAGGACCAGUAUUGGCCUAGUUUUAUGAUUUGUGAUUUUAUAUUCU